CAGGCGUGGCGGCAGUGUCUCUCUGCAGCGGACUGGAAACUGAAGUCGGAGCAGUACUAGACUGCGCCUGCGCACACCCAGCUCCCACCCUGCAGGCGCCCGCGCUAGUAAUGUAACGGCAGGCAGGGUACAGGUUGCAGGCGCGGCCCCCACUGGCUAGCCUUCCUCCUACAGAUCCACACACUUGAAACAUGGGGGAGCCACCACCCAACGCCGACCCCUCAUCCCAAAGCCGGAAGACUUCUCAAAGCUCAGAGAGGGGGCGCAGUCGAGAGUCUUCGCAGCCUCUCUUGCCCGUCCCAGAGGAUGGGGUUCGCCGAACUCUGGACGAUGUGCUGCGCAGACCUCCGCAGCGGGGCAGUCGGAGCAGUCGGAGCAGUCAAGGCAGUCAGGGCAGUCAGGACCUGCAGGCAACCGGCCUGCCUCACUGGCCACAGAGGACCAGCAUCACCUCAGAUAACCAAGGCGAGGAAGACAUGGAGUAUAACCGGUCCAUGAGCUUAGGCUACCCACCAGGCUUUCCACUGGAGUUCUCGCCACAGGCUUACCUGGAUGAGAACAGAAUGAUGCAGCAGUUCCCUCAGGGACAGGGCCUCUUAGAACAACUGGAGGAUCUGGGCGCCGGCAUCCUGGGCCAGCUCAACAUGUACCCACGAGAGGACCAGUUGAUGGGCCAGGCCGUGCAGCACGGGCCGUACCUGAGGGACGACCCCACUCUCCACUCAGGGCCCUCGGACCUGGGCUUCAUGCCCUUCGUCGGAGAGGUGCCUGACCCCGAGCCCCGCGAGCUGGCAGUGCAGAACGCCAAGGCCUACCUGCUGCAGACCAGCGUGAACUGCAGCCUCAGCCUGUAUGAGCACCUGGUGAACCUGCUGACCAAGAUCCUGAACCAGCGGCCCGAGGACCCCCUGUCCAUCCUGGAGACUCUGAACCGCAACACGCAGUGGGAAUGGUUCCACCCCAAGCUGGACACGCUGCGGGACGAUCCCGAGAUGCAGCCCACCUACGAGAUGGCCGAGAAGCAAAAGGCCCUGUUCGGCAGGGGUGGAGGAGAAGGCGAACAGGAAAUGGAAGAGGAGGUGACGGACAGCCCGGUGCCCAACAUCAUGGAGAUGGCCUUCUACUUCGAGCAGGCGGGCGUGGGGCUGAGCUCGGACGAAAGUUUCCGAAUCUUCAUGGCCCUGAGGCAGCUGGUGGAGCAGCAACCCAUCCACACGUGCCGCUUCUGGGGCAAGAUCCUGGGUCUGAGCCGCAGCUACCUGGUGGCCGAGGUGGAGUUCCGCGAGGGCGAGGAGGAGGGCGAGGAGGAGGAGGUGGAGGAGCUGAUCGAGGGGGGCGAGGUCCUGGAGGCGCACGGCGAGGAGGAGGGCGAGGAGGAUGAGGAGAAGGUAGUGGAUGCAGUGCCCAAGCCGCAGUGGAAGCCGCCGCCCGUCAUCCCCAAGGAGGAGAGCCGCACCGGCGCCAACAAGUACCUGUACUUCGUGUGCAACGAGCCGGGCCGCCCGUGGACGCGCCUGCCGCACGUGACGCCCGCGCAGAUCGUGAGCGCGCGCAAGAUCAAGAAGUUCUUCACGGGCUUCCUGGACACGCCGGUCGUCAGCUACCCUCCCUUCCCGGGCAACGAGGCCAACUACCUGCGCGCACAAAUUGCACGCAUCUCGGCCGCCACGCACAUCAGCCCGCUGGGCUUCUACCAGUUCGGCGAGGAGGAGGGCGAUGAGGAGGAGGAGGGCGGCGCGGGGCGCGACUCGUUCGAGGAGAACCCCGAUUUUGAGGGCAUCCCAGUGCUGGAGCUCGUGGACUCCAUGGCCAACUGGGUACAUCACACGCAGCACAUCCUGCCUCAGGGCCGCUGUACGUGGGUGAACCCAAUGCAGAAGACGGAAGAGGAGGAGGAGUUAGGGGAGGAAGAGGAGAAGGCAGACGAGGGCAUGGAGGAGGUGGAGCAGGAGGUCGGUCCUCCUCUUCUGACUCCUCUCUCGGAAGAUGCAGAAAUCAUGCACCUGGCGCCCUGGACCACCCGCAUCUCCUGCAGCCUCAGCCCGCAGUACUCGGUGGCCAUCGUGCGCUCCAACCUCUGGCCAGGGGCCUACGCCUACGCCAUUGGCAAGAAGUUUGAGAACCUCUACAUUGGCUGGGGUCACAAAUACAGCCCUGAGAACUUCAACCCAUCCCUGCCAGCUCCGAUUCAGCAGGAGUACCCCAGCGGCCCUGAGAUCAUGGAGAUGAGUGACCCCACGGUGGAGGAGGAGCAGGCCCUGAAGGCUGCACAGGAGCAGGCCCUGGCAGCCGCUGAGGAAGAGGAAGAGGAUGAGGAGGAGGAGGAGGAUGAAGACCUGGAGGACUGAGGUCACCAGGCUCUUUCCCACAGCCUUUCCCCUUAGUGGUAGUUACAGAUUGCAUUUUUUCUGUUGCUUUUGUUCCCUGCCCUUGCAGGACACGGGUAGGAAGGCACACAAUGCUCCAAAUAAACCCCCCACAGCACAGCCGCUAAGUUACAUUCAUUCAUCAUACUGGGCGGUUGACUCAUUCAUUCCUCUCCGUGUUUGCUUGUGCUUGUUUAUUUCUUUAUUUUUGGUUUCUCGAGACGGUUUCUCUGUGUAGCUCUGGCUGUCCUGGAACUGGCUCUGUAGACCAAGCUGUCCACAAACUCACAGAGUUCCGCCUGCCUCUGCCUCCCCAGUGCUGGGAUUAAAGGUGUGUGCCACCGCCACCUGGCUUGUUUGUUU